UCCCAAGCUGACAAUAUCAAGACUUUGCUUUUGGACAUUGCCCAGAAAUCUGGAAAUACUAGCAGUCCUCUAACUCAGUCCUGUCUAAGAUUGCUAACGGUGCUUCUGCGGAGCACUAGCAUUAUGCUCUCCAGCGAUCAGCUACACAUGUUGGUUCAAUUUCCCCUGUUUGUUGAUCUUGAAAGGAAUCCUUCCUUUUUGGCCCUUUCACUUUUAAAGGCAAUUGUUGGCAGGAAGCUGGUUGUCCAUGAGAGAUAUGAUCUUUUCACUCAAGUUGCAGAACUGAUGGUAACAAGUCUGGUAGAACCAAUUCGCAAGAAGUGCAGCCAAAUUCUAUUGCAAAUUUGCAAUUCUUGCUUGAUUAUCAUCUCUCUAAGGAAUGCUUACAGCAGCAUCUGGAUUCCGUGCUUGCUUAUCUCAGAUAUGAGCAUUCUUCUGGAAGAGAAGCAGCACUUGAAAUGCUUCAUGCAAUUAUAAUCAAAUUUCCGAAAAGCACUAUUGAUGAGCAGGCCAACGUAUUUUUCCUUCAAUUAGUGGAUUGUUUGGCUAAUGACCAUGAUUAUAAAGUUCGCUCCAUGGUUGGUGCAGUGAUAAAGCUAUUGAUUGGACGAAUUAGCCAGCAGUCACUUGAUCCUAUUUUAGAGUAUAUUCUCUCAUGGUAUAUGGGUGAAAAGCAAAAUCUAUGGAGUGCAGCAGCACAGGUUCUAGGUUUACUGGUUGACGCAUUGAAGAAAGGGUUUCAGGGACAUAUCAACAAUAUAUUGCCAGUGACAAAAAACAUUUUGAAGUCUGCAUUUGAUGUUGUUAGAGAUAAACAACUGGAUUAUUCUGAUGAAGGCACAAUUCUAUUGUGGAAAGAGGCUUACUAUUCACUUGUUAUGUUGGAGAACAUGCUACUUCAGUUUCCAGAAUUGCAUUUGGAGAGGGAUCUCGAGGAGAUAUGGGAAGCAAUUUGUGAAUUCCUUUUGCAUCCACACAUGUGGUUACGCAACAUAUCAAGCCGCCUUGUAGCCUUAUAUUUUGCAGCAGCAUCAGAGGCUAGUCGAGCAAACAAAGAAAAAUCUAAGCAACAGAAUUUGUUACUCAUGAAGCCAAGUACACUUUUUGGAAUAGCUGUUUCCCUCUGUUGUCAACUCGAGGCACGACUAAUUGAUGAUUCUGCAAACAACAUCCUCACUCAAAAUCUUGUGUUCACAAUAUGUGGUAUGCAUUCUUUGGUGGGACAAAGAGAUUGCAUGGAUCUUCAGAGUUUCUGGUCUUCCCUCCAACAGACAGAGCAAGACCAUUUUCACUUGCUUGGUUCGAGAAAAGGAAGAGAUAUGUUUGUGUCUCUCACUUCCACUACGAAGCAUCAAGGUGAUCAAGACAGCAUUGAGAAUCUCCAGUCUUUGCUCGUCUCUCCUUUGCUUAAGAGAAUGGGAAAGAUUGCUCUCCAAAUGGAAGAUAUUCAGAUGAAGAUUGUCUUCAAUGCCUUCAGAAUGAUCUCAUCUCAGAUUGGUCAAGAAGGAAGCCAACACUAUGCAUUUCACUUGCUACUGCCAUUGUAUAAAGUGUGUGAAGCAUUUGCUGGCAAAGUUAUUACAGAUGAUGUCAAGCAAUUAGCAGAGGAGGUGCGUGAAAAUAUACAAAGACAACUCGGCAAUGAGAGCUUUGUGCGAGUCUACAAUGAAAUCAGGAGGACUCUCAAGGCAAAGAGCGACAAGAGGAAGCAGGAAGAAAAGCUUGUGGUAGUCAUCAACCCCAUGCGAAAUGCCAAGAGGAAGCUAAGACUUGCAGCCAAGCAUAGUGCCCGCAAGAAGAGGAAGAUAAUGUCCAUGAAGCUAGGGAGAUGGAGACGUUAGAAAAGGUUCCCAACAGUGAUUAGAAUUGGUUCCCUUUUGAGAGAAGUGUAUAGUCUUGGUGUACAGGUACUCGUUUCCGUUUUGUCAACUACCGGAAUCUUGAUUUGGGCCAUUCCACUAUUUGUGAGGAUAUUGUUUGUUGAAAGUGCCCAGUAACAAGGAUUAGACCUCUAUGUAUAACCCAGCUUCCCUUAACAGAUGCAAUACUUCAAUUGUACACCAAAUUUUUUUGUAUCUAUGGGAAGAAAUUUUGUC